CUUUUCACUACUAAUUCGUCCUAAAUUUAACGAUUUUAGGGUUACAGCUUCAGUUUGCAGCCAUUGGCUAACAAAACAGUUCUGCAGGCCGUACUCAGCAUGAAGAUGAGUCAUCCAGUAAGAAUGAAAGAAGACACGCCCAGAAAUUCACAAAAAAAGGACCAGGAAUUUACAUUAUAUCUCGAAUGUGCAACUAUGAAAAGCAAUGUGCAAGGCACCAAAUUACAGUAACUCAAGCUGGGCCCAUGGACUGAAUUCUACAGUACAUAGAGAAUUCGAAUUAAGGCAAUCAAUCGCAUUUUGUUUUAAAGCAUAUUUUGAAUAAAUGGGACUUAACAUAACUUACAGAAAACGUGGAACGCUGGAUAUAUUCAGACAUCCCAAGUCUCCCGGAACAGACCAGGGCCGAAAUCCCAAUUCUAGUUUGCUAAACAAGAUAUUCUCAGAAGCCUGACUCCAGACCACAGCUUUUUGAUUGAUGGCGAUAUUAUUAUGUCGUCUUCUCGAAGUGCAAUAGCAGACGACUUGCUGAAGUGGCCAAAGUCAGAUGAUGGUUAUGUGCGAGUACCUUACGUCUUUGCUGAUGAUUAUCACGUGACCCCAUUGGCCAGCCUGUCCAUUUCUUUGUCGUCCAGCUGUUACUCGAAUGUGGGACGGCGAGGUGGGAUGCAGAUUGUCUCCCUUGAUCUCAAAUGUCUGCAGUUAGGAAAGGGAACAAUCAUACAUGAGCUCACUCAUGCACUGGGGUUCUGGCAUGAGCAAGCCCGUAGUGACCGGGAUCGCUUCGUCACAAUCAGCUGGGCUAAUAUCUGGACUGGUAAGGUGUACCAUCUGCAACAUGCAAUACAUGUACGUGUACGUGUCCAUUCCCCCCGUAGAGCCACGGUACUGCUGUGGUUUGAAAAUAAUUUUAUGCUGGUCGGAGAUUCAAGAAAUUUAGUAGAGUAUGACUACGGUUCUGUUAUGCAUUAUUCAAGACGUGCUUUUAGCAAAGAUGGAAAAGAUACUAUUAUACCAACACAAACUGCUGAGAUUGGACAAAGACUUGGCAUGAGUCCCUUGGACAUUAAGAAAAUCAAUGCUUUGUACCAAUGUGCUCCAGGAAAGUACCAGCCUGUAUCCAGUGACCCUCAAGAGUUGAAUGUUCAAAGCCCAAAUCCUGUAGUCCCCUCUAAACCAGUGCUGUCUACCGCUGCUUCAAAAACAGCUGCUCUGUUGCCUGCUGGGCCCCAGAAAUUGGUGAGGUCCCUGGAAUCCUUCUCUUGUGACUUUGAAAGGGGGCUCUGUGGCUGGACACUGUCUGGAGACGCAUUUAAUUGGACCAUUCAUAGUGGCCCAGUCCUGACCGUGGGAACUGGGCCCAGUCAUGAUUUUACCUUGGGCCACUGCAAUGCUAGCCGUGAAGGAAAUUAUCUGUACCUAGACGCCUCAUAUCCUAAUAAAACAGCAGUCCUGAUCAGCCCCAUGCUCCAUGGUCCACAAUGUUUGUCUUUUAUGUACCACAUGUAUGGUCAGAACAUGGGAAGUAUUGCUGUAUAUAAAAGACUGGAUAAUUCCACGGAGCCUGAUGAGCUCCUGUGGUCCGAGAAGGGAAACAAAGGUUUAUUGUGGCUUUACAGCUCAGUCCAGAUUACUGCCCUGGACUCUGCCAGAUACCAGCUUCUUUUUAAAGGGACGACUGGAAGUGGAUAUUUGAGUGACGCAGCCCUCGAUGAUAUCCAUAUCCAGAAGGAAUGUUACACCUAUAACGAGAUGAUGAUCUGUACAGCUACGACACUGUCUUGAUCAGCAGUCUGAAAUACUUGUGCUAGAA